CAGGCAGCGGUAGUGCGUUCCGAAACGCCGUUACGAGACAGAAGAAGUCGUGUGUCCUUCAUAACAUCAAACAUGGCGACUGCCACAAAAAUUAUUCAAAGCCUUCGAAAUUUUCUAUCCGGGCGUGACCUACAGAGUAAACUUCAGCUGCGUUAUGGAGAGAUAUCAAAGAGGACGCAACCACCACCUAAACUGGCUGUGGGGCCAAGCCACAAGUUUGCUGACAACUACUAUUUCACCAGAGAUGGACGCAGGGAAUCCUUGCCCCCGACAGUUGUCAUGUCCUCACAGAAGGCGCUGAUGCCUGGCAGUCAAGCAGUUGCACCAGCAAAGCCUCCAGUGACUCCUGGUGAAGUGUACAAGCAACCAGAGCUCUCCACAGACCAGCCGUACCUCUGAGCUUGAACCAAAAACGCAUCCAUCCCCAGAAUGACCUCCAGGAAUCUGAUCGGUCUUACGGUUGUACAUUAGAAAGGCAAUAAAUAAAACUCAUUCAAUAUUUA